AUGGAUGUUCAUGCCUUGGCUAACAAGUUUGUGAGGUUGGAUUUUUCGAAGCCUAGUAGAAAUCUCGCUUGUGUUGUAGAGCAGUCAUCUUUGGUGGACAGCAUCAAGGCUCGUCAGUUUGAUAGCACCCACUUUUUGGUUUUGAAAGACACGGUGCAGCGGGCUGGUGCCAAGAAGUUCUUGAUUGGGGAUGAUGGUGUUCUGCGGCUUCAAGGUCAGAUUUGUGUUUCGAAUGUUGAUGGGUUGAGAGAGUUGAUCCUUGAUGAGGCUCAUAGUUCAUGGUAUUCCAUUCUUUCAUAUGUCACGAAGAUGUAUCUUUACUUGAAGCAGCAUUAUUGGUGGCGAAAGAUGAAGAAAGUCAUUGUUGGAUAUGUCUCCCAGCGUUUGAAUUGUCAACAGGUGAAGUAUGAACAUCAGAAACCGAGUGGGUUGACUCACAAGUUAGUGAUACCAGAGUGGAAGUGGGAGCGCAUCACUGUGGACUUCGUGGAGCGGCUUCGUAUAGCACUGUCCAGGAAAAAUAAUUAUGUGGAUAGGAAGGUUAGGGAUGUGGCUUACAUGGAUGGUGAGAAGUACCAUGAGGAUAGCUCACAUGUUUUGGACUUCAGCACGGUGCAGUUUGACAAGAACUUGACCUAUGAUGAAGAGGCGGUAGCCAUUUUAGACCAGCAAGUUCGAAAAUUAAGAUCUAAGGAUAUUCCUUCUGUGAAAUCCAGGGUCUGGACCUUCGCAAGUGCGAAGGAUUCGUCACAUUUGCGAAAACUGAGAGGCUCACGCACUGAUCCCAUUUGUGAUCAGUGGUCUGCAUUGGCAGACGCUGAAAUUGCAAACAAGAGUUCGCAGUUGUGA